AUGACCUACCCGACCUUCGUGACGGCCCCCGAGCUCCUCGACGCCCUCCUCGGCCGCUUCUACAUGCACGCCCCGCCGCAGCUCCGUCCCGCCGAGCUGGCCCUCUGGACCGCGCAGAAACAGCAGACGGUGCGGUUCCGCGUCGUCAACGUGCUCAAGACCUGGCUCGAGCGGUUCUGGAUGGAGCCGCACGACGAGCCCACACAGGACUUCCUGCGGCACAUGCGCGCCCAGAUCCAAACCUCCGCCGCCAUCAUGGACAUCCCCACCGCCGCGCAGCUGCUCACCGUCAUCGAGAGCCGUCUACACGGCCAGGAGCUCAUGCGCCGCCUCGUGUCACCGCCUACCACCCCCGCGCCCCAACCCGUCACCCCCAAGAACAUGAAGAAGCUGAAGCUGCUCGACAUCGACCCGACCGAGCUCGCGCGCCAGCUCACCAUCAUCGAAUCGCGCCUCUACGCCCGCAUCCAGCCGCGCGAGUGUCUCAAGAAAGCGUGGGGCGCGAAGACCGCCUCGCCCACGCACACCUCGACGGCCGUCAACGCCAUGAUCCUCCAUUCCAACCGGUUGGCGAACUGGGUCGGCCAGCUCGUCCUCCAACACGAUGAGAUGAAGAAGCGCGUGUCCACCAUUAAGCAUUUCGUGACGGUGGCUGAGAAAUGCCGCGACCUCCACAACUACGCAACCAUGAUGUCCAUCAUCUCCGGCCUGGGCACCAGCCCCGUCUACCGACUCCACCGCACCUGGAGCCAGGUUAAUCCGCGCAUCCGCGCAACGCUCCAGGAGCUGCGCACGCUCAUGGCCAGCGAGAAGAACUUUGCCCUGUACCGCGACACCCUGCGACGGACGAGUCCGCCGUGCGUGCCCUUCCUCGGGAUCUACCUCACAGACCUGACCUUUAUCGAGGACGGCAUCCCAGAUCUCGUCCAACCGGGAAUGAUCAAUUUCAGCAAACGCGCCAAAACGGCCGAGAUCCUGCACGACAUGCAGCAGUACCAGAAUAUGCCGUACAGCCUCCAGCCCGUGGCGGAGCUCCAGGAGUUCGUGGUCCGCGGCAUCCAAGCUGCCGGAGAUGUCAACGAGAUGUAUGAGCGGAGCCUGCGGCUGGAGCCCCGGCAGAUGCAUGAGGAACGGGUCGUUCGGGGCGGGCCAUAUACCGCUACGGGGAGCCAUAUGAGCUCUGUGGUGAUUGCCAGCAUGGUGUUGCGAUAG